UUGAGAGGACUCACCGCCAGCACGCCGCCGCCGCCGCCGCCGCCGAGCCGCCACCGCCGAGCCGCCACGACUCAGCCGCCGCGUUGUUUGCAUCGGGCGAUGGCCGACCCGGUGCUGGCUCUGCGGCAGGAGAUUGACCGCUGUACGUUCGCUCUUGGCGUGGCCCUCGUCGCGAGUGUGGGCCACUUCAACCCGGCGUCGCUGAUCUUCGCCGCCCUUCUGCUGCUGUCAUCGAAAGAAGAACCCGCUUCACGCAAGGGGAAAACUCAGCACUGGGUGCUCCGUCCACGCACGACACGCUUCGUGUGGGCGGUCCUCGUGUGUGACCUACUCCUCCUGCCCAGCGUCGUCUUUUUGUUCGUUGCCUGCCGUGAGAUGAAGUCGCUCCUCACGACAUAUGUGCCUGAAGACUCAUACGGCAAGGCGUCCGGCUCGGGCAACUGGAGGGAGGAGUCGCUCAAAAGGUCGGACUCAAUCACGUUCGAGAAUGCCUACGAUCUCUGCAACGAAACGAUGUUCCCCCUCAAGGGCGACCAACCGCUCGGCUCCGCGUUCGGCGCCGGCGCCAACGGGACCACGUGCGCGAUGUUCCGAGUCAUCGAGUACCUCGAGCACAGCAGCAACGCACGCUUCGUCUCCGUCGACCCUGACUCGUGGCUCCCCGACGUCUUUACGCUCGACACCAAGGAGUACAGCGUCGGUCCGGACCGGGGAUCGGAGUACUCCGCACCCUCCGUGGACAGGCUGCUCGCUUCUUUGAACCUGAUCACCGCCUUCUUGGGCGCUCUGGUGCUCAUGACGACCCUUGUCAGCGUGAUCUCCGUCGCCGCGACUCUCGUCCUUCUGAGGCGCGCGCGCGCUAUGGCGCCGCUGGCAUUGUGCAUCCACGUCCGCGCCGACGCCGUGUCUGGCGAGGAGGCGGGAGCAGGCGGGACGUCAGCCGGCGGCGGGUUGCUUCCCCUGCAGACGGCCGUCAGAGAGGUCGUCAGCUCGCUCGUGGGCGAGGAGGGGCACGACGAAGGCCAAAACAAGUUCGAGGUCAACAAGGUCUACCUCGGGCUUGCGGACGGACUCGACGCGAUCGUCCGCGAGUUCGAGGCGCACGGCACCAAGGACGACCGCGAGUGCCUCGAGUACUUGUUGCACGGCCGCACCGGAGACUUGCCGCGGCGGUGGCCCAACGGAGUGAUGGACGAGGGCCGACCCGCCGGCCUCUCGCUCGACGACUUUGUGGCGCACCCGCACUCGCGCCUCGCCGGCCUCUCCCCCGCCCACGUCGCGGCGCUCCGCCUCUACACGUGCAACUGCUUCCGGUCGCUCAACGGCCCGCUGCGGCGCCAUGCGAUCCGCCUGCUGCGGGCCGUCGGCGCAGCGAGAUCCGACGCAAACGAGCCGAUGGACGUGUGGCGAGGCAUGAAGAAUUUGGAGCUGACCGAAGGAUUCGCAACCAAGGGCGGCACCGAGGUCGCGCCGAUGUCGACAACGACUGACCUCCGCGUCGCGGUGUCGUACAGCGUCGGUUUCAGCCCCGCCGGCGCGAGCCGCGCGCUGCUCUUCAAGCUGCGCGCCGAGUCCUUCAUGGACCGAGGCGCCGACCUCACUUUCCUCUCCUGCUUCCCCGGCGAGGCGGAGAUGUGCUUCCCGCCCCUCACCUACCUCGCCCCGUCCGGGAGGCGCGAGGUCUUUGUCGUCGAGGGCGUCGAGUUCGAGGUCAUCGAGGUGGAGCCAAAGUUCGGCAGCUAGCGCCCCUUUAGAGUGUGGUGAGGCCCGGGCCAGUAACACGAGCCGUGUGUGGUGGCUUGGGGGGGAGAGCGGUCGCGGCAGAAGCAGCAGCGCGGCGGCGGCAGCAGUGGUUCAGUGUGGCCGUGUGGCCACGUGGCGGCCGCCGCCGCCGCGGCGGGGCGUGAUUACGUGUACGUACUUGAAAAAGAGAAAAACGCCCGC